UGCAAUGAGCCCUCUCUUCACACUGUCCCCUAUCUCUGCUGUAAACAACACGGGCGCUGUUUCCUCUACAAAAAGGGCAUCUACGCCGCUGUUUUCGCCCAUAACACCGCGAUCGCUAAGUCAAACAUGGAGGACGACGUGUUGACCACUCUGAAAAUACUUAUUAUUGGAGAAAGCGGCGUUGGAAAAAGCAGUCUCCUGUUGAGAUUCACAGACGACACAUUCGACCCGGAACAAUCAGCUACAAUAGGUGUGGACUUUAAGGUCAAGACUAUUACUGUGGACGGGAAUAAGGCAAAGCUAGCAAUAUGGGACACAGCCGGGCAGGAGCGCUUCCGAACACUCACGCCCAGUUACUACCGCGGCGCCCAAGGAGUCAUUCUGGUGUAUGAUGUGACACGAAGGGAAACUUUUACAAAGCUCGAGAACUGGCUCAAUGAACUGGAGACGUACUGCACCCGCAACGAUCUGGUCAAGAUGCUCGUGGGCAACAAGAUCGACAGGGAAAACCACGAACUAGACAGAGCCGAAGGACUCAAGUUUGCAAGAAAACAUUCCAUGCUUUUUAUAGAGGCCAGCGCCAAGACCAAAGACGGCGUGCAGUGUGCAUUUGAAGAGCUGGUGGAGAAGAUCAUCCAGACGCCCGGGCUGUGGCAGAGCGACACCCAUGGGCGUAGCGUGACCCUGAGUGAUGAGGACGCGGGUGGGGGUGGAUGCGGGGGGUACUGCUCCCUGCUCUAGACCCGUGACUGCCACCUCUCAGCACACGCAUAUCCAGGAACUGUGAAUGACUCUGCAAGCCCCCCCUACACUCUGUCCAAUAUAAGACUCCGCCCCCUGCACACACACAAACUCGCUGUUGUUUGCACACCUGGGAUAACUCUGCUGCUCGAUAUCCUUCUUGUUCAGUUGAGUGAGAUUGUUCGGUUGUGUUUGUGCAGUAGUUAACGUUUACAUGCAGAGGAGAUAUACUAAUUAGUGCCAUAGUCUGAUUACAAAGACAAACAUAGAAUUGGAGUUGCUCUGUUCUGAAUAUUAUUAUGAAAAUCUGGAAGCCACAAUAUGUAAUCGUUUCAAAAAAAUAGUUCCUCAACUUUCAGAGAGCAGGGUGAAAUUUGGCCACUGCUAACACCAACUAGCAUGCUAACAGUGCAUCAGCCUCCUGCUUGUUUCCACUGAAAUGUUCCUAUAAUCGUCGACAGUAAAAUGUCCAUGGACAAUGUUCCUAAAUAUGGUGUUAACUUUGUAUUUCCAUGGAAACAAAUUGACAUAUUGUAUCUGAAAUAAGGUGCUAAAAACUGUGACGCUAGAUCUGUGCCUAGAUUCUGGUCUGGAGUAUCCAACUAAAGUAUUGGUCUACUAUGGAAGUUUUAGGUUAGGUUUAGGAACAUCCAGAUUCGACAUUGAAAGGCCUUACACACACUGGACACAGGACCUUCUUGUGAUGAGGCAAAAUAGCUCAUCACUUUGCCACCGCCUAAAUCACAUCAACAUUAAUUUUAGCUAAAGCUACAUACUGAUGAAUACUUGGACCACUUAAGGUAGUUUAUUCUAUAUAGAGGCCGUCUCUCCUGCAUGUAAACCCUUGUAUGAGCUGUGCGUAUGUUGUGCUUGUACAUAACCAAAUGUAUCUUUCUGACUCUGGAAAUGGUAACAUAUCAAAGCACACACACUCCUCACUAUCUGCUCCUGUGCUGGUUCUGCUUGUUGCAUCGCUGCUUGGAGACACUUAUGUAAUUUGUCAGUAUCUUUCUGUAUGUCUUUUUAUUGCCUCAUUUGACUUUGACUGAUGUUUACAAUGACUUGUUAGACUGGCUCUAAAAUUUUCUAUAUCUUAUUGCUGACAUUAGGAACACUAUUGUUAAGUUUUGGUAUUUUUAAUGUGCAGUUGUAUCUGGUAAUCUGACAUUUCAUUUAAAAUACAUGCUCAUAAUGUUAAAGGCGCUGUAUCUGAUUUUUACUGUUAAAAAUGUGAAAAAUUGAACUACCGUAAAUUUUGGACUAUAGAGCACACCUGAAUAUAGGCUGCACCCGUUAAUUUUUAAAAUAUAAGCCGCAGGUUUUCAUGGUUUUUUUUUCAAAAUCGUCAGUACGGCACCAACACGCUAUCAGCACGGGAAGAACAUACCUGCAGGUUUAGAAAAUGAAACGACACCAACACAGGCCAUCUGCAUUUAUUUCCUCUGAAAGCUUUUUACAUUGACUAAGUUCUUCUCACUGCCGCCUCCUACGCUGCAUCAUUGAUUCAUUAAUACCAAGCUUGUGUGCAGUGGCUCCAUUUCCUUCUUUGAUGGCCAGAUCAAUGGCCUUUAACUUAAAAGCUGGAUCAUAUGGAUUUCUUUGUGUGUUUGAUGAGCAAAAUGAAAACUAAAUCAAAACUAGUGUAUCUUCAGCGCAUAAUCUUUCCCCAUGUCUGUCUCACUUUUGUAAUUACUGUUAGAGAGUGCCCCCCUGUGGCCGGUAGCCAGUAAAAUCUAUAAAUUAGCCGCACAGUUGUAUAGGCCACAGGGUUCAAAGCGUGGGGAAAAAAGUGUAGCAGCUUAUAGUCCAAAAUGUACGUACUUAAUUUUAAACGGUUUGCAGUGGCUCAAAGUUACUCCUCACUUACCUUAUGCAUUCUGAGCAUCCUAAUUAUCCACAGUGAUGAAUUUAUAAGCACUUUCAAAGACCAGAGCACAGUUUAGCUGCCACAGUAAAGCUAACUACAACUAGCCUGUGAAUGCACUUCCUGAUUAUUGGAGAGUAAAAUGUUUCAUAAUGGGAUGCACACAGUUGACUGAUUUUGACCUCAAGAGCCUCAAGAAUACAUAGAAAAAACUCAGCUACAGGGCCUUUAAGUAUUAAAACUAUAAAAUGUGCAGGAAUACCUUGUUAAAGGUACACUAUAUAAGUUUUUUUGAUGAAGGAUCAGCUGCCUGUUUGUAUCCACAGAGACAAUAUGACGGAAUGUUACACAAUGUGGUGUUUAACAUAUCUGUUUGUAUCCAUUCAUUUUUAAACCUAAAAUUUGGCUAAAAUGUUGCAGUAAAGAGUUUCAGAGAUGUUUGGUUUUUUUUCAAUAGUCUAUGGAAAGAAAUAUGGGAAUUUUACUUCCAGAACCCAGGAAGGAGGUGGGACUCUUAGCUGUACUAGGAUGGCUUUAGUUCAGCUACAAAAAAAUAAAUAAAAAAGGAAAAAAUGACAUAUCACAUUUUUUACUCCUUUUGAAACUAUUUUUGAAACCAUGCCUGUACCAAAAUCAAAGUCUAAAAUAAAAUGAUAGGCGCAAAUUGCACCAAAUAGCCUAUUUUGCUCUUUAUGAACUUCUAAAACCUUUUAUGAUUCCCAAAUUUCUAUCCACAGAGCACCACAUACAACUCCACUUGAAAAAAAAUCCCAAACUAAAAUUUAUUUGCCUUUUUAUAACGGAUUGCUUCAACAACUUGGCCUCAUUCGUCUCUCUGUAACUGUACCGCAAUAUUGGGUCAUGAAUAUUUGGGUCUGGAAAAAUGUUUAGAACUCUCCAGUCUGGUGAGUCACUUUGGUGUUUCCAGUGAAUUUGGAAAAUCUGGGAAAUUGAAUUGUUUCAAUUUUUUAUUUUAUUAUUUUUUUUUGCAUGGAAUUAUCUUUGUGCCAUUUUGUGUGUGUUAAAUGAAUGAGCUGUUUACUUAAAGGUCCUAUCUUAUGCAGAAUAGACUCUUGUGAGCUUGUAGCCAUGUUGUUACCUCUUCAAAAACAUGCCUGGAGUUGUGUUUUGUUUCGUUCACACAUCUUUGAGUAAUCCUUUCAUUAUUAACACGUCUACAUCUCCAAAGCUCAAAAUGCUUUGUUUCACCCUGUAAUGUCAUGAAGUGGUAUUUUUCAUGUUAACAUAUAUUCUACCUUGUGUUCAGUAGACAUAUGACUUUAGUGAAGGUGUAUGGAAUUAAAAAACUCAGUGGAGCACUUCCUGUAUGACAUGAUGUCACAAAUUAGAACAUAUGUGUUUUCUGUAUGAGAGAACUCAGUUAUGCAGGGUUUGUGUGAAUGAAAACAACAUGCAACUCCAUGUAUGUUUUUGAUGAGGACAUAGAUCAGAAAAUGCCGUAAUAUGGGCCCUUUAAUCUAUAAUAUUUUUAACUUAUACUUAGCUGAUAGAAACACCGGGAUAACAUUGUAUGCUAUGGUGCAAAAUAAAGUAGGCGUAUUAACUUAUGGAACAGUUUGGGAGAUAUGUGAAAACUUGUAAACCUUGUACAUUUUGUGUAUUUUAAAACAUGGUGGGAAACCUCUUGUAUGAAUUGUAAAGCUGAAUGUAUAUUCACUACAAACCGCCCGAUGUAUUAAAAUUAAUACAUUUCUCUUUUUUAUUAA